UUCACAGCUAAGCAAAUGUAAGCUUCUGCUAUGUAGGCUAUUGUUUGGCUACUGGAAUGGAAAGCGCUGGUGUUCCCCUUUGUACAGUUCUGAUUUUAUUUUUGAUCAGGGUUCGGACCUUUCAGAGAGUACUUGGUAAAUCCUAGUUGGCAGGCAGCUCAGUUUGCCAUACACCUUGGAAUGGCCCCGGGCUCUAGAGGCAUCUCUCUGGAGCAGACAGGCAAGAACCAUGGUUACAGAGAUAGAGAUGUGUGUGCCUUUUGUCCUGUUAAUCAUUGCUGCAUUGAGGGAGGAUCAGAUAGACUAGACUCAAUCAUAGACAUGAGGUCCCUUUCCAAGGACCUCAAACAAAUGGGUCUGGAGGUAAUCUACUCAAGGGACGCAGGAAGGUACCUGUGUGAUUUUGUGUAUUACUGCUCUCUGCACCAUGGCCAUGGGAGGGCAGCCUUCAUCCAUGUGCCAGCCUCAGGCAGCCUGGCCACUCCUGAAAGACUGGUACCAGUGCUGCAGACUGUCAUUCAGGCCAUGCUCAACCAGCUGGAGGCCCUACAAACAGCCAAAGACCACAUGACAACUGUCUCCAAGACUCCCGAAGACCCAACCAUGGCUACCUCAGGCUUAGUGUAGUCCUUCUGUAGCUCAGUUGGUAGAGCAUGGCGCUUGUAACGCCAGGGUAGUGGGUUCGAUUCCCGGGACCACCCAUACGUAGAAUGUAUGCACACAUGACUGUAAGUCGCUUUGGAUAAAAGCGUCAGCUAAAUGGCAUAUAUUAUUAUUAUUAUUAUAUAUUAGUGCACACAGGAGAUGAUGCAUGACUGGUUAGAUCAUCCCACUCAUAUUGUUACUAUUCAUACUGUAACAAUGUGUUGUAAACAGUAAGUCAUUCUGCUAAAUAUACAAGUAUGGAAUAUAGUCAGGUAUGUUGAGAUGUGGAUAAUGUAUAACUCAUAAGCAAUCAGUCAUGACAGCAAGUCAUCAUUCUCAUUCACUUCUCAUUCACUUUUUUAUUCAAAUUUUAAGAAAAAAAUACAAGAAAUUCUCAUAGAUAUACAUUAAGAGAAUGGCAUGUCAAAAAUACACCAUCUCAACUAUACGUGUGAAAAACCAGGAGGCCUCAGAUACAGAACUUGCAAAAAGACAGUCUAGCCAAGCUGUUUAACCAAAUCUAUUUGCCAAUCAUUGAAAUGACUCAGAGAUUCAGAUUUUGUGAAAGUAUAGGUAAAUAAAAACGAAGUAAAAUCUUCUCAGUAGAUCAAGGCCCCUUUUUGAAGUUGUCGGAAUGCAAAGCAGAACAACAGUGCCUGAAAAAUUAUACUGAUAAACCUCAAGCUCAUUAUUGCGAUUUGAUUGCAUGGAUGCAUCUUCUAUAAACCUGAGGUUUGCAUAUAGGAAAUUCUGAAGAAAAUACAAUUACAAUUAUAUUAAUAAUAUUUGAAAUGAAACAUUUUCAGUCAAUCUUAUCUCCAUGUUUGCAAAUUGGCAAUGCA